UUAAGCUAAUAGCAGGUAAUCUCAUUGCGUUCGCCAAAGCACUAAAAAAAAAAUUCUAAUGUUCAUCUAGUGUUCGAUUGAAGCUUUGGGUUAAUCAAAUUACGGUUUGAGAUUUUGUCAACAAGAAAGAAGAGAAGGAAUAAAGAGAAUUAAUGAAGGAGAUGAAGAUGGAGGAGAUAAAGAAAAAGUUGAAGAGAUCAAAUGUAUUGAUAGGAAUGUUAACAGUUCAAGCAAUAGCAACUGGAUUACAACUUCUUUCAAAGGUGAUAUUAAGUAAAGGGACCUUUGUUUUCGCACUCAUGGCUUACCGUCAUGUCGUCGCCACUCUAUGUAUCGCACCUUUUGCUUUUAUUUGGGAAAGAGAUAGCUUGAAGAAAGUGACAUGGUCCGUUUUUUUCUGGCUUUUCAUGAUCGCAUUAACCGGGAUUAUAAUGGCUAUGGGACUUUUCUAUUAUGGCCUCCGAGACACGACUGCAACAUAUGCUACUAACUUCCUCAAUCUAAUUCCAAUAGUGACCUUUAUCUUCUCAACUGUAUUACGUGUUGAAAAGCUAAGAUUGAAGACCAAGGCUGGUAAAGUUAAACUUAUAGGUGCAAUGUUGUGCUUGGCUGGAGCACUGACUAUUACACUCUACAAAGGCAAAGUGUUCCAUAUCAGUCAUCACAACAAGCAUCAAAAUAGUUCCAAGGAUCAUACGAAUAUGGUUCGUGGAACUAUUUUCUUGAUAUGUAGCUGCAUGUCUUAUGGUUGUUGGUUCCUUAUACAGGCCAAGGUGUCCAAAGUGUUCCCCUACAAAUAUUCUUCAACAUUUAUUAUAUGUGUAAUAGCAACGAUCCAAAGCGUGGUAAUUGGAUUAUGCAUAGAUAGAAGAAAGGUUUCUUGGAAAGUGGGAUUGAAUUUGCAGCUAAUCACUAUCUUCUACUCGGGAGCGUUAGCAACGGCAGCAACAUUUUGUCUGAUAUCAUGGGCAGUUGCAAGAAGAGGACCAACGUACCCCUCUAUGUUCAAUCCUCUGUCUUUGAUUUUUAUAGCUAUCACAGAAGCUGCCUUUCUUGGUGAAGAGAUCAGUAUCGGAAGCUUGAUUGGCAUGUUUCUGAUCAUAGUGGGAUUGUACUCGUUCCUGCGGGCAAAGAGCAAAGAGCUCACAGUACGAAUUGAAUCGGAUGCAGUGGAUGCUGAAGCAUCACCACCUCAAAAUGAAGGAAUGCAUUCUAUAAAUAUGGAAAUUCCAAUUUUAGCUCGUGAAAGUGCUAAAUUUCAAUCCCCUAUUCAAACACAAGAAGCAAAGGAAUCCAAUGUGUCCAGCAAGAUAAACAAAUUAACAGAAAAGUAGUAUAAAGUUUUGGUGAUGAAUGAUUUAGUAGGAGUUGCUUUCGACGACAUUUGGAGGGACCAGUUUUGCCAAGGGCUGGGCAUAUACCGGGUAAAACUGAUAAUCCGAACCGUUAAUUUUUUAUUAAGUUAUCGGUAUUGGGUUAUUGGGUUAUCGGUUCGGGCCUCGAUUUGCCAAUUUUAUUAAUGGGUUAACCGAUAACCCCAUAAGAAUUAAUAAAAUUACGACUUUAUCCUUAAGUAUAUACAAAUGUUAGGGCUUCAGUUCAUUCUCUCCUAUUCUUUCUCAACCCCACUCUUCAGUUGCUUCUUCUUCAUUCUUCAUUCUUCAUUCUUCAUACACCUUACUAGUUACUCCUAGCGUAAAUCUUUAGUAUACUAUAUGUGAAUUCUUCUCUUUUUUGCUUAACUCCGAUGAAUUGUCUUUUUUUUUUUUUGCUUAACUC